CAGCCCUCAGGUUAGUACCUGUUCGAUCGAGAGCUUCUCCUGUUCGGCUGUUCUGCGCGUCGCUAAUGGAGCGCCGCCGCGGGGACUCUGAAUAGGGGGUGCCUGCCUGCUCUACCCGGGGGAGCCGGGGCGGCCGUCCCUUUUCGCCCCCUACUAGCGCCGCCACCGCCGCCAAGGCCGAAUCGCGCCGUAGCGAAGCUCGCCGCACCGCAUCCGCCUCGCCGGCGUCGCCGCCCCGUAUCUCUCCAGCUUCCGCGCACUCGCUGCGCCGCCCACGCGAGGCGGCGGGGUCUUCUCCCUCUCUUGCCGGCGGCGGUUCGCUGGUUCAAGCGGACAAGAUGCUGGGGGUCUCCACGGGCCAGCUGCUGGUCAUCCUCGGGGCCUGCUCCGUCAUGAUGAAGCCCAGCGACAUGAUCAAGAUGGCAAGGGUGGCAGGGAGGAUGACCGGAAGAGCAGUUGGUCGCCUCAUGUUGUACCGCCGGCAGAUGGACGACAUCUUCGAGCAGACUGCAGCGAAGAAGAUCAACACGGAGCUUCAAGAUGCUAUGUCGAAGUUGCAAUCAAUUGGUUAUGAAGUUCAGAACUUAUCUAGAAUAACUCCUGGCCAGUAUAUCAAGAGGCAGCAUAACACUGAAGGCACGGCUGAAGCAGGAACGUAUGAUGGUUCUGCACCUAAGCCAGAAGAAUUUCGUGAUGAAAUCCGCAAUAUGAUUCGUGAUGAAAUCCAAAGCUUUUGUAGAAAAAACCCUGACCAGCUUACCAGGAGCUUGGAUAAUCCUGAUGCAAUUAAGAAUCCUGCAAGCACGGCUGAAGCUAGGAAAUUGGAUAUAACUGAUAGAUCUACAAUGGCGACAUAUAAGGACAUGGAAUCAGCCGAUACAAGCUCUACAAAUCUACACAGCCAAGCAAUGAUGUAUGCUAGGUUAAGUGAGUCCCCAGAAAUUAAGAUGAGUUCUUCGAAAGGUGUGAGUUGUGCAGAACAAUUCAAAGAGAGCGGUGGACUGCUAAAUGUGCUCCCGAUAUCUGCUGAAAGUGCUGGAUUGCUUCCAAGCCGCACAGAUGAACCAAAAGGCUCCGACCUACUCCUGGAGGCUGUUCUUGAAGCCGAGGUUGCAGAGAAUGCCAAAUUCUUCGUCUCACAGCCUCAUGAUCAAUUGCCCAAGCAAUAAAAACUUUCCAUGUUUCGAUCGGAGUUAUUAUUGCUGAUUCACCAAACUUCUGUAAAUAAAUCUGAAGGGAGCUCGGGUGACCGGCAUAUUCUUCUGAUCUUGACCUGACUGGCACAUAUCUGAUUUUACGUGGAUCGGAGUGGAGAUAGAACUGGAGGAAUGUUUGAAUUUAGGAUGCAGUAGUGCUGAGUAGCAGUUGUCUUGUUGUCUGUUACGUUUGUUUCUCUUCUCAUUUUGGCAUUCCGGCAGUGAAAUCAGCUUUGAUAGUUUGGCGGUAAAUUCAGUCAGGAGCAUGUUACCUGAAAUACUUUCGAAUGUUAAAUGUCCUUGAUAUAUACUGUUGAUUAAUACUGUAUUUUUUGAAA